UAUCUGAUCAACGUAUAAAGAAUUGAGCCACUCCUUGUAAUAUGCUUGAUUUUUAUGCAAUUUCAAAUCUUCAUUACCAAUUUGAUCUUCUACAGCUCCAAAAUGAAAUCAGAUGCCUCCUCCUCGCGGAUGCAUAAUCAGGGAUAAAUUCAUCUACGCCGAUUUAAAGAUAAAUCAGUUCAUCCUUUAAGAUGAAACCGAAGCUUAUCGUAUGCUCGAGUGUUGCAAUUCAAAUGGUUCUCUCUUGCUCACAGAGAUACAGGCCUCUGGUAGCACAUUUGGGACUUAUUUCUGUGUUACCACAUUUGGAGAAUCUCAUGGUGGUGGCGUAGGCUGUGUAAUUGCUGGGUGCCCUCCUAGACUUCCGCUCUCAGAAGCUGAUAUGCUAGUAGAUCUGGACAGAAGGUAUUUUUGUUCUAAGCUACUAGGUUUUCGUUCCCGGUGGUGUUACCAUUCAUCUCUGCAUUUUCAUCAUAAAUUUACAACCAAUUGUUCAUCUAGGAGGCCAGGUCAAAGCCGAAUCACCAGCUCUAGAGAAGAAACUGAUACGUGCAAAAUAGCAUCGGGAACAGCGGAUGGGCUUACUACUGGAUCUCCUAUCAAGAUAGAAGUACCUAACACAGAUCAGAGAGGAGAUGAUUACAGUGAGAUGUUAUUAGCUUAUAGGCCUUCUCAUGCUGUUGCAACUUAUGGUUUUAAGUAUGGCGUGAGAUCAGUACAGGGUGGCGGUAGAUCUUCAGCGAGAGAAACCAUUGGAAGAGUUGCCGCUGGAGCAGUUGCUAAGAAAAUUUUGAAACAAUAUUCAGGAACCGAAAUUAUAGCAUAUGUUUCUCAAGUACACAAUCUUGUCCUUCCUGAAGAUUUGGUUGAUCAUGAAACGAUGACGCCCGACCAGAUAGAAAGUAAUAUUGUAAGGUGCCCGAAUCCUGAGUAUGCGGAGAAAAUGAUUUCUGCCAUUGAUGCUGUCCGAGUUAAAGGAGAUUCUGUUGGUGGUGUUGUCACUUGCAUUGUUAGAAAUGUCCCACUGGGGCUUGGUUCUCCUGUCUUCGAUAAACUUGAAGCAGAGCUCGCAAAAGCCGUUAUGUCAAUACCGGCAACUAUGGGAUUUGAGUUUGGCAGUGGAUUUGCAGGUACAUUUAUGACCGGUAGUGAACAUAAUGAUGAGUUCUAUAUAGAUGAGCAUGGCAAAAUCAGGACAAAAACCAACCGCUCUGGUGGGAUACAGGGUGGAAUAUCAAAUGGAGAAAUCAUUAAUAUGAGAAUAGCUUUCAAGCCUACGCCUACCAUAUCAAGGAAGCAGAAUACUGUGACUAGAGACAAACGCGAAACAGAGCUUAUAGCCUGUGGUCGCCGUGAUCCUUGUGUCGUUCCACGAGGUGUUCCAGUGGUGGAAGCCAUGGUAGCCUUGGUGCUCGUCGAUCAGUUAAUGGCCCAAUAUGCACAAUGCGUGUUGUUCCCUAUUAAUCCGGCAUUGCAAGAACCACUCCAACUGUCAAAGGAUAAGCAGUUGCAGGUUCAAUUUUGAUGCUGAUAAAUGGCUGACCGAUGAUUCUCCAUGUUUUCCUUGCAAUUGGUCUAACCACCUCACACCAGCAAGGUUUUUGCUCCUGUUCUAUUUUGUUUUGUUUUCGAGAAAGAGUUUCUGGUUGAGAUUGAAGAACUGCUGAACAAUUUAUUGUUAUGUAGAAAAGGCUUCUUUGUCUGUACGCUGUGAAAAGAGUUAGUAGUUGACAUGCGACCUGCAUUUAGGAAAUUGAAUUUUUGGGUUUUAUUAGUUUUCUUGAUUAUCAGCUCCCAUUUCAAUCAAGAAGAUAAUUAUUCGAAAA